GUUUACAGCAAUUAAGCCGCCAUAUAGAUAACUGUGCGCACUGGUCGUCUGCCCAUUUUUAGAUAGCCUUCCCAGUGCUUCUGUACUCGAGAUUACGAUCACAAGCGUAAGACGUCAAGUUCACCGACAAAGAUAAGAAUCGCGACCCACACAAGUCACUGCCGCCCCUUCUUCGUUUCUCGUCGUACACAAAAGCAGCGGGAAUCUUGACUCGGAGCAUCACUCUUGAAUCGCCACUCAGCAGCAACAGUCUACAAACUCAACUUACGAAACUUCAGAUAGACAGCCUUCCAUACUGAAAAUGUCUAUGUUAACCAACAUGUUAGGCCUCAGCAGCAAUGUUCCGCAAUCAGCAACGGGAACAAACUUUUUAAGUUCGCUUUUACUCGCAGCCGUAGCCCGAGCGAGAGGCAAGGCAGUUACCGGACAAUCGCCACCCGAAAGCCCGUCGUCCGUCCUAGAAAGCUCGAUGUCAAGAACCGAAGCAGCAAAAGUACAAUCAGUUUUUUCAGCCAAGCUUGGACGGGCAAGAAGAAAAAAUUCCCUCUCUGUCGACUCCUCCACCCCCCAGAAAUUAACAGAAGAAACAAUGCCUGUGGUACACGACCGACUCCCCGAUCUCAGCCUUUGGAGCAAAAUUGACGAGGAAUUAAAAGAGCAAGAGAAAUCUUCCGCCAAUGGACUAUUGUCCUCAACCUCAGCAAGGAGUAAGAGAAACACCGGUAUGUCUGCCUACGACUACGAUACCCAAGAAACUACCAUGAGACGAAGAAUGUUGUAUUGUAAGAACGGAUUCAACCUUCAAAUUUUACGAAACGGAAGAAUAUCUGGUACCCAAGAAAGCCACAAUCAAUACGCCGUCCUUGAAUUUAUUUCUACUGGAAUCGGAAGUCUCACCAUCCGGGGUGUCGCAAGUGGUCUCUACCUGGCAAUGAACAGCAAAGGAAGAUUGUAUGCUUCGGAAACAUUCAAUCGCGAGUGCAUCUUCUACGAAACAGUAUUGGAAAACAACCAGAACACGUUCGAAUCAUUCGCCCACAGAAAUGGCUCAAAGAAAUGCUACAUCGCCCUUGGUCGUCAUGGAAGACCAAAGCAAGGAUGCAGACUACACCCAAACAACCGACACAGCCAAUUCUUGCCCAGGAACAUCGAUACUGAUAAAGUAAAAAACCUGUACUCUGGCCGACUCUACUGAGUACAGCUACGAAGGUGGAAACUGUACGGACACCUCGGCAACGCAUCGUAGGAUGAUUCGCCAAGAGGAAGAAGCACCCUAGCAUUACCUUUCCGACAAGGAAGCUAUACGUUUCAGUGUUACACAACUGCCCAGUAUUACGCACUAGUUUCACAGCAGACGAACGCGGUGAGAUCCCCAACUCCUGAGGACCCGCUCCAUCUCGAAGAUGAGCCCUUUAGACGCACACAGUAGAUACCGCACACACGACAUGCCAGCUUGAUGUUAAGCUACAUUUUGUUUCAGCACACGCCACGUUAGAUUCUGCACCCAAGUCGACGUCGCUCCCCGCCAAUUUUAUUUAUUGCUUUUAUAUUUAUCGCUCUACCGCCAUAUAGUGGCAGCUCGUAUAUUUUUGUUACUUUUAUUAAUUGUAGUUUCGCCCCGCUGCUUCAAAAUCGCACCCCUAGCGUUUUAUUUUAGUUGUUUACCAUUUGUUCGUUUAUAAGAUUUCUACCCAGCUAUUUUGCAUCCGCCAUUUUAUGCAGUGACUUAAUAAAGCAAUUGAGAAUCGAGA